AUGUCUGGCCUGUUAUCAUAUGUCGGCUGGGCCGUUUUGCCAAAUUAUGCGACGUCGAUUCUACAGAGUGUCUACUAUGGCAUCACUAUUCGCGCCGGCGACCCUCGCCCACAGCCCGGCACACCGCGGUUCGACAAACAUCGCCGGCGAAUCUUCAUCUUUGUCGUGACCGCAUAUCUGCUAUACACUUUGUACGAGAGCUUCCACCAAGUGCGAGCAACGGGCGAUUUUUACAGCGUACUGGGAGUUUCGCCGCUGGCCGAUGAGCGCACUAUCAAGUCACGUUUCCGACGACUAGCCGCGCAGCACCACCCGGACAAAAUGAACAACCAGCUUCCGAGAAACGGGGGGUCGGAAGGGGUUUUUGUGUAUUUGAAACUGGCGCAGGAUACGCUGCUGGACCCGGCUCGUCGGUUUGGCUAUGAUCGGUUUGGGCCGCAGGUCAAUGAAUGGCGCGACAAGCACACUAUGCAAGAGAUCUUGUAUGGGGGUUUGCAGCAGGCGUUGGUGCAGUGGACUGCUGGGCUGGGGACUAUUGUGGUCCUGAAUUUUGUGUAUUGGUCGCAAUGGGGUCGAUUUUGGCGAUUCUACACCUUUGCAGCCUUGGUGGCACUGGAACUGGUCCUGAUGACACAGCCCUUGACGGUGGUUAUGCCGUUUAACUAUCUGCCCCAGAUUGUUACAACGUACUUUUCUCACGCGGCCAGCUUUUACAUGCUGCCUUUUCAGACCAUCUCCCUGGCGCGCCGCGUGUCCAUCACCAUCCACAUCUUCAUCUCGCAAAUCACACCCGCCAGCAUGUCUCGGUCGACGACAACACCAACAACAAAUGGGUCAUCAACCCCAUUGACCCGCGAAACGGCCCAGCGCCUCGGCCAGCUGGCGCAGCUGUCGCGCAUGGCCGAGCUGGAAUCGUCGCGGCUGCUGGACCUGACGCUGUCGCCGUUUCGUGGCGAGCAGCAGAGCGUUGCGACGCUGCGACGAGGCAUGAAGCAGGGCCUGGUGCUGGGCAGCGUGCGCAAUACGCCGGAAGUGAAGGAGGCGGUGGCGCGGGCUCAGAGCAGGCAAGCUGAAGAGUGA